GAGAGUGACUCGUCAGCGUAGAUGGUCAGGUAGACGACCUAUCGUUAGUUUGCUCCUCAAAGCUCGAUGGGACUGCGUCGAGAUGAGGAUAUCUUGACCGAGAGCUGCAAAAGGCAAAGGUUACGAGGUCAUGUUCCCCCCCCCCCAUUUACCCCCCAAGACGCCUAUGAGCCCAGUCACUAUGACUGCCCACAGUCUCGAGCCACAGGCCGACCUUAUCAUGUCCACUCGAGACGCUCCCAGAGAGUGGGGAAGUCAAAGUGGGGAAUACGUUCUCGGUCCAUUAUCGUUGGUCGUCCUCUUUGAGAUACCACCACCCGAACCGGCCUCGUCAUGUCCAAGUCCAAAUCCAUCGCCUCAACAUUCACACCAUUAUCCCUCCUCACUCUUCCCGAUAAGAAAGCAUUGCAAGAUGAAUUUGUCGGUAGAGACAUUUCAUCGCUCCGUACACCAGCUUUGAUCUUGGACAGGACAAAGUUCAAACAGAAUUGCGAACGGGUUACUAGCGAAGCAAAGAGGAGAGACUUGAGAUUUCGAGCUCAUGUGAAGACUCACAAGACAUCCGAGGGAGUCAGACUCCAGGUCCAAGCGGGAGGAGGGGUCAGAGCCUUGGUAUGCUCUACGAUGCCAGAGGUCUGGCAGGUCGUGGCAUCUGGUGUGGUGCACGAUGGUCUAGUCGAUGACAUUCUCUAUUCUCUGCCGAUCGGCGAAGAUAAGCUUGAGGACCUGAACGAUGUCCAGGAGAAAGUUGGUAACAAGGCUAUCGUUCGGCUCAUGAUCGAUCAUCCGGCUCAAGUAGAGGCUAUACAGAGGUUUUCAGAGAGGUUUGGCAGGAAUAAGCCGUGGUCGGUGUUCAUCAAAGUGGAUGGAGGUGGCAAGCGUGCUGGUCUCCCUCCCCAAAGUCAACAGAUGAAAGAGCUCGUCGAAGCAGUUUUGGCAUGCUCAGCUGUAUCUAUCUUUGGCUUCUACUCUCACUUUGGCCAAUCUUACGCGUCCAAGUCACUUGACAACGCUUCCGAUUACUUCAAAGGCGAAAUCGAAUGCGUCAACUCGGCUGCACAAGUGGCGCGGUCGCUCGGUGCGAAAGGCGAUUGGAUCCUCUCUGUAGGAGCUACGCCAACGGCCCACGCAGCUGUGCAAGAGACCCAUCAAGCGAUGCAGGGUCUAGAAGGCGCUUUAGAGUUGCACGCGGGCAACUAUUGCGUCUGCGAUCUUCAGCAAUACGCUACGUCCCUCGUUGCGCCUACCGACCUCGCUCUGACAGUUAUCGCUCGAGUGGUUUCGCUUUAUCCCCAUCGAAAUGAAGCCAUGUGUGAUUGCGGUGCCCUGGCUGUAUCAAAAGAUACAGGUCCAUUUGAGGGUUUUGGUCAUGUCAUUUCCCCUCCACAUGCCACCGCUUGGGACCUUGGUCGGAUCAGCCAAGAGCACGGCACGUUGACCCAUAGACCCAAGAGCAGUAAAGUCGGAGACACGAGCGAGCAACCUGGCCAAUUGAAUGUCGGGGACGUGGUCAGGAUUGUUCCUCAACACGCGUGCUUGGUCUGUGCCGGUCAUCCUUGGAUCUAUGUUGUGGAGGAUGGUGGAGAGACCGUCGUGGAUGUCUGGGUCCCGUGGAAGGGAUGGUAAUAGUAGUAUGCAUCCAGUACAGUCGACGAUUUGCGCCAACGUUACUGGUUGUCCUCUUUCACAUUUUUGCACUACUCUCCUUUGAUCUCUCAGUCUCC